ACACCACAGCAUGUCUGCUAGCUAUUCUGAGAGCUUGCUUUGUGGAUUUGCUUGUAGGUGUUUGGUUACCAGGGGCUUAAAAGAGCAGCAAGAACACUUCAGUCCUCCUGCACCAUUAGAGAGAGUUUUAUAUAUGUGUGUGUUAGUAGUUAAGGUUUAAUAUGCCCGUGUUUGUAGAAAAUGCCUCUCAGUUUUCUAAACAGCGCCUGAAGUCGGAGUUAAUUUCCCAUAAUAUUGAGCUGCCGCCUGCAGGAAGUGACAAACAAGUUUAUCUGGAGGUUUAUAUGAAGCAUAUGGGGGAUAAAAACACUACUGAUUUCUCUAGUGAUGAAGAGGAAAACGUCCGAAAUGGAAAUGAAGAGGAAAAGAGAGGAGACGAUUCAGACAUGGUGGACCUGAGCUCACUGACUGAUGAGCAGUUAAAACGCAAACUGCUUCAGUAUGGAGUCAAAGCUGGACCGAUUGUAGCUACUACUCGAGCACUGUAUGAGAGGAAGCUGCACAGGCUGAUGACCCAACACAGUUUCAACAGUAAAGCUGAUGCUGGGAAAUACUCUGAAAGUGAAGAGGAGGAAUCUGGAUCCGAAGAGCUUGAACCAGAGAGUGUGUCCCAUACUGGACUUAGUGUGAAGCCUAGUACGGUGGGGAUGAAGUAUCAGAGCAAAGAAACAUUUUAUCCUCAGUGCUUUGUACCCCCUGUGAGACAGGGCAGGAAUCAAGAGAGGUCAUUGGAGAGCAGCCAAAGCAGCUUUCUGUCAUUCAGCAUCACACAGCUUGUGGAGGAGGGGAGUAUUGAGAACAGACUGAGUCCUCAGUCAAAGUCUGCAGAGAAUGGGAGAAGCUGUAGCCCCACACCAGUGGCAUGCAAAGCACAACGGCAGCUCGACAAAAGCACAGCAAAUGCGUCUCUCUAUCUGACCCCUGAGUAUUCACCUCUUCAGAAACAAACUACUUCAAUAAAUCCAGCAAUUGAAACUGUAACUGAUGUUCUGAUGGAGAUGUUCCCAGACACUGCAAUAACUCCAACUGGAAUCACUGCCACCAAGAGACGGUCUAUUAAGGGAGCAGCAGGUCGUCCUGUACAGUUCAAAUAUCCAGAUACCCCACUGAGUCCUGUCACACUGGAGAAAUUAGAGCUCCAGCAGCGUCUAGUUCCUCUGUGGGUGCAGAUUGCUGUGUUCCUUUUGGUGGUUGCCUUCCUAUACUUCAUUUACAUAUUGGUGGAAGAGCCACUGGAGAAUCCUUUCAGUGCAUUACUGCAGGGUCUGAGUCAGGAGGCAAGGAGCGACGAUCUUGCGUUUGUCUCUCAGGACACACACACUUGAUAUUGUGUAUGUGGGGUUUUUUUGUAUUGGACUUACUUGCAUAGAAAUUCAUGGUAAUAGCAGGGUUGCAGAAUUCUCUCAGUUGAGGCUGAAUACAUCUAGAUGCAUAUGGUAUGAUCUGUUGGUAAGCUUUUAAAUGUUAUCUACUUUCUACUCACUUAAGUAGGAUCAAUAAAAUGAACUGGUGAGGUUUUGGUUGGAGAGCCACAGGGACCCAUGUCUUAUUCACAGGAGUAUUAUAAUUUAAUUUGCUUUUAUUCUAUUGCGUAAUAUUUUUGAAUAAAUAAAUGAUUUAAUAUAUCUGAGAAA